UAUAUUCCAAUGCAAAAUGGAAAUUCAUGUCUACUUAAAUUUGUCCAGUUUUUAUUUUGUAUUUCUAUGAUUAUUAUUAUUUAGUUUUUAUUUUUUAUUUUUUUAUUUUUCCUUGAAUUUGACAAGUUCAUGGCUAUCAAACAGGCGACAGAGCUAAAAUGUGGUGGGCUUGUAAUUGGAUGCACAUUCGAUCACCAGGUUGCCGAUGCCUACUCAGCCAACAUGUUUUUCGUUUCAUGGGCUGAGAUUGCUCAUGCAAAACCAAUCUCCCAUAUGCCAUGUUUUAGGCGAUCACUACUCAAACCGAGACGCCCAGGCUAUUAUGAUCGAUCCAUUGACAAUAUCUAUGUCUUUCUAUCGUCUUUACCGCCACCAAAACUAGUAGAAGAUCCUGAGCCCAAUGAGGAUUCCCUCCAAAGCCGCAUUUACUACGUUGUGUCAGAAGAACUUAGCUAUCUCCAAUCGCAAGCCACCAGCUCUAACGGUAUUAAGAGAAGCAAACUCGUCUCUUUUAGUGCCUUUUUGUGGAAACUUAUAGCUUCCGCUGAGAAGUCUAAGUCUGAGUCUGGGUCUAACUCCAAUAACAGAUGUAAGCUGGGUGUUGUCGUUGAUGGGAGAGGGAGAUUGACACUAAACAACAACAUCAAAGCAGAUGAUGAAUUGGAACAGUAUUUUGGGAACAUUCUGUCCAUUCCAUAUGGUGAGGCAAGCGUUGGCGAACUAAAUGCCAUGCAUCUAAGUAACGUUGCAGAGCUUGUACAUGAUUGUUUGGAGGGCGCUGCGACAGAAGAGCACUUUCUAGGGCUCAUUGAUUGGGUGGAAUUCCAUCGGCUAGAGAAGGCAAUAGUGAGAGUUUACUGCAAAGAGACCGAUGAUGAAACUGCUAUGGUUGUGUCGUCUGGACAAAGGUUUCCGGUGUCAAAGAUAGAUUUCGGGUGGGGUAAACCAUCUUUUGGGUCAUACCAUUUCCCAUGGGGAGGAAAAACUGGGUAUGUUAUGCCAAUGCCAAGUACAAGGAGGGAUGGUGAUUGGAUUCUCUACAUGCACCUUCGUGAAAAACACUUGGAUUUUGUUGAGUCCCAGGCACCCCAUUUGUUUAGGCCAUUAACUCCAGCCUAUUUAAACUUGACGCCUUGAUGAGUCUUAGCUUUUGUCUUGGGAAAAUCAGUCUGGCUUGUAAAAAAUAUAUAUUAUUAUUGAUGUGUAACACAUUGUGGUGGGUGAUCCGCUAACA